ACUAACAAAUCUUUGCAACUCCCGAGCAGCUGUAGAAGAACUUUUAGCCGAAUUUAAUGUAAACUGUGAAAGAAUUCCUUCUUUUCUGAAACCCUCCAAGUUUGAAUUCACUUAGUGUUGUUGUUCUCCUCUCUAUCUCGACAAUGCUAACGAAAUUUCCCAACACGAACAUCCUUUCCUCAAUUCAUCCGAAGAACCUUCGCCCUUCAUCCCAACUCUUCUCAACCCACCUCCUUCCCCCAGAUGCCGACCAUUUUCCCGAGAAAAUGACAACCUCCGAUUUUCCCGGGAAAAUCCCCCCCGAAGCUCCAUGCAUUCCGUCGCAAAAACAAGUCUUGGACACCCUCUUGCUCCACAAGGCCGACCCCAGAUCGGCGUUGAGGUUCUUCAAACAAGUGGAGACAAAAGGAGGGUUCGCGAAAACCGCUGAUGUUUUGUGCUUGCUGCUUCAGAUUCUUGCUUCGAACCCCGAAACUCACGGUGAUGCUAAGCAUUUGCUCAAUAAGUAUGUGUUUGGAGAUUCAGCCCCUGCUGCGAAGGUGCUGGUGGAACUCCUGGUGGAGUGUGCGGAAAGGUACGGCUUCAAGUUAUCUGAUUCAAGGGUUUUCAAUUACCUGUUGAUUAGUUAUGUUAGAGCUAAUAAGAUCACAGAGGCUGUUGAGUGCUUUAGAGCCAUGUUAGAGGACGGUGUGGUUCCCUGGGUUCCAUUUGUGAACGUGCUUUUGACUGCAAUGAUUAGAAGGAACAUGGUUGAAGAUGCGCACCGCUUGUUUGAUGAAAUGGCUGAGAGACGAAUUUAUGGCGAUUGCUAUACCCUGCAAGUUUUAAUGCGUGCGUGUUUGAAGGGAGGGAAGUUUGUGGAGGCUGAGAGGUAUUUUGGGCAGGCGGCGGGGAGAGGGUUGAAGCUUGAUGCGGCUUCAUAUAGUAUUGUUAUUCAGGCUGUUUGUAGGGGGUCGGACUUGAAUUUGGCAAGUAAGCUGUUGAAGGAGAUGAAGGAGUUGGGGUGGGUGCCGUCUGAGGGUACUUAUGCGGCUGUGAUUGGUGCUUGUGUCAGGCUGGGGAAUUUUGGGGAGGCGCUCAGGCUUAAGGAUGAGAUGGUGGAUAGUCGUGUGCCUGUGAAUGUAGCUGUUGCGACGAGCUUGAUUAAAGGGUAUUGUGUGAGAGGGGAUGUGAAUAGUGCAUUGCGGUUGUUUGAUGAGGUUGUUGAGGUUGGUGUUACUCCCAAUGUGGCUAUUUUCUCGGUUUUGAUAGAGUGGUGUUCUAAGAUUGGGAAUGUAGAGAAGGCGAAUGAACUUUACACCAGAAUGAAAUGCAUGGGCCUCCAACCCACUGUCUUCAUUUUAAAUUUUCUGUUGAAAGGAUUCCGGAAACAGAACUUGCUAGAAAAUGCAUAUCUAUUGCUUGAUGGGGCAGUUGAAAAUGGAAUUGCUAGUGUUGUUACAUAUAACAUUGUUUUAUUGUGGCUCUGUGAAUUGGGCAAGGUUAAUGAGGCUUGCAAUUUGUGGGACAAGAUGAUUGGUAAGGGUAUUACGCCUUCACUAGUUUCUUACAACCACAUGAUACUUGGUCACUGCAAAAAGGGUUGCAUGGAUGAUGCACAUGAAGUGAUGAAUGGUAUUAUUGAAAGUGGUUUAAAACCAAAUGCCAUUACAUACACAAUUUUGAUGGAAGGAUCUUUUAAAAAGGGUGAUUGUGAGCAUGCUUUUAAUAUGUUUGAUCAAAUGGUGGCUGCAGGUAUUGUGCCCACAGACUACACAUUUAACUCCAUUAUUAAUGGCUUGUGUAAAGUUGGCCGAGUGUCUGAAGCAAGGGAUAAGUUGAAUACUUUCAUCAAGCAGAGUUUUAUUCCUACAUCUAUGACUUAUAAUUGCAUCAUUGAUGGAUAUGUCAAGGAAGGUGCAAUUGAUUCUGCAGAGUCUGUCUAUAGGGAGAUGUGUCGAAGCGAAAUUUCACCAAAUGUCAUCACUUAUACUAGUUUGAUUAAUGGAUUUUGCAAAAGUAAUAAGAUGGAUCUUGCUUUGAAAAUGCAUGAUGAUAUGAAAAGAAAGGGUUUGGAACUGGAUAUUACUGUAUAUGCUACUCUCAUUGCUGGUUUCUGCAAAAUGCAAGACAUGGAAAAUGCAUGCAAAUUCUUCUCUAAACUUUUGGAGGUUGGUUUGACUCCAAACACAAUUGUGUAUAACAUCAUGAUUAGUGCCUACAGAAAUUUAAAUAAUAUGGAAGCAGCACUUAACUUGCACAAGGAAAUGAUAAAUAAUAAGAUUCCAUGUGAUUUGAAAAUAUACACCUCACUGAUUGAUGGACUUCUAAAAGAGGGUAAGUUAAGUUUUGCUUUAGAUCUUUACUCAGAGAUGCUUUGCAGGGGUAUUGUGCCUGAUAUCUUCAUGUACAAUGUUCUGAUAAAUGGGCUCUGUAACCAUGGACAACUAGAAAAUGCAGGCAAGAUUCUAAAGGAAAUGGAUGGGAAUAAUAUAACUCCUACUGUUCUUCUUUAUAACACUUUAAUUGCUGGACAUUUUAAGGAGGGGAAUCUACAAGAGGCUUUUAGACUGCAUGACGAGAUGCUUGACAAAGGUCUUGUGCCUGAUGACACUACAUAUGAUAUUCUUGUAAAUGGAAAGUUGUAAAGAUCAUAUACUUCAGUUGGAUCUUAAUUCACACACAAGGAUUAUGGGUUGCACACAUUCUACUAAUGGAUUUUUUGCAAACUGAUUGUUGCAGACAGUUUUUGAAUGGUUUGAAAUUGGUCUCAUCUUCCAUUGUUUGUCCUAAGGACCUAGAAAUAUGGACAAAAUUUCCUUUGCAAUUUCGUCAUGAUUUCUAUCAAGGAACUUGUUUUUAUUUCAUUUUUUUACUAUGGGGUUCAUUUAUCAAUCAUAGCCAAUGUGAGUUCUCAGUUAGACUCUGCAGCCAAGAGCAUAAUAGUGCCAAUGGCCAGAUAUCCUGCAGAGAAUUUAGCAUUUUGGUAACAGGAAUUUCCAAUAGCUGCAGUCUGGCAGUGUUUGUUUGUGGGGUUAUUAGCAUGGGAAGACACAGAAUUCAGGUGUGAUCUUAACAAUCCUCUAGUUUCCUUUUAUGAAUUAUGUAUAGUUUCAAUUUGAGAGAGGAAGGGUUAUACGAUUUGCUCUUCUGGUUUUAAAGUGACAGUUUGGUAUUUAAUUUUAGUGUUUUUACUGGACAAGGAUGAAUGAUUGUCGCGUUUCCUUUUCACUAAUUAAUUGUACUGAAUACUGGCGGGAGCUUAAUUGUGAUUUUGUAGUUUAGAAUGGAAUGCUAUUUUUAUGAUCUGUAA